GCCUCCAAAGUUUCCCCGGCUUUUCCUCCGUCCGGUCCUUCCCUUCUCCUGACGCCUCUCUCCAAACAGGCGCAGAUCGCAGUGAUCCACAUCCAGGCGCAGCCGAGGCGCGCGGUGUGCAGGACGCAGCCUGGCUAGAAGAAAUGAAAGUUUCCCUUCUCGAUGAAUAACUCAUGAAACAAAGAGCAGAUGUGCUCCUGCAGCUCCAAACGGACUGUCUGAAGGACCAUCCAGCAGCGCACUAACAGCAAUGAAGAGGAUGCGCUGAAACGCUCCAAUCUGAAAAUCAUUCAGCUUGGAAUGAGUUGGACGCGCGGUUUUCAUACAGUAAAUCCCCUGGGAUUAAAAUAAAGGAGCAAUGGAUAACUUCUUCACUGAGGGUGAUCGAGUGUGGUUACGGGAGGAUGAGCAGUUCCUUCCAAGCACUGUGUCUUCCUGUUCUGGAGGUGUUGUUGUCUUUGCCACAGACUACGGCCAGGUGUACACUUACAAACAGAAUGCCCUCACCAGACAGAAGGUGCAGCCCAUGCACCACAGCAGUGUCAGAGGGGUGGAAGACAUGGCGACGCUUGAGGACCUUCAUGAUGGCGCCAUCAUGCACAACCUCUUCCAACGUUACCAGCAGAGGCAAAUCUAUACGUACAUCGGCUCCAUCCUGGCGGCGGUGAACCCCUACCAGCCGCUGCCCGGCCUGUAUGACCGCCCAGCUGUGGAGCUGUAUAGCCGCCACCAGCUGGGGGAAAUCUCUCCGCACAUCUUUGCCGUGGCCAAUGACUGCUACCGCUCACUGUGGAAGAGGCUGCAGAACCAAUGCGUCCUGAUCAGUGGAGAAAGCGGAGCUGGUAAAACAGAAAGCACCAAGCUGAUCCUGAGGUUUCUGUCUGCUAUGAGCCAACACUCACUGGAAGUUUCCUGCAGAGACAAGACAUCCCAUGUGGAGGAGGCGCUGCUGGAGAGCAGUCCCAUUAUGGAGGCCUUUGGAAAUGCGAAGACUGUCUACAACAACAAUUCCAGUCGCUUUGGGAAGUUUGUCCAGCUGCAUUUCAGCCAGAAGGGAAACAUUCAAGGGGGGAAAAUUGUUGACUAUCUACUAGAAAAGAAUCGAGUUGUUCGGCAGAACCCAGGAGAGCGAAACUACCAUAUUUUUUAUGCCAUAUUAGCAGGAGCCAACAACCAGCAAAGAGAGGCGUUUGGGUUGACGCAUCCUGAGAGCUAUCACUACCUGAGACAGUCCAGCUGCAUCGCUGACAAGACAAUCAACGACAAAGGCACUUUUCAGGAUGUUCUGAAUGCCAUGCAAACAAUGCAGUUCACAGAGGAGAACAUCAGUGAGAUCCUGCGCCUCCUGGCAGGGAUCCUCCAUGCAGGGAACAUCGAGUUUAUGACGGCUGGAGGGGCCCAGGUCGCCUCCAAAUCAGCUCUAAACUGGACGUCAGAACUCUUGGGACUGAACUCGGAUCAGCUGGCAGAAGUCCUGACCCACCGCUCGAUGAUCCUGAGGGGGGAGGAGAUCUCCACGCCGCUAACGGUUGAACAGGCGGUGGACUCCAGAGACUCCAUGGCCAUGGCGCUUUAUUCACAGUGUUUUAACUGGAUCAUUCACAAACUGAACAACCGCAUCAGGGGCAAGGAGGACUUCAAAUCUGUCAGCAUCCUGGACAUCUUCGGAUUUGAGAACUUUGAGGUUAAUCGCUUCGAGCAGUUCAACAUCAACUAUGCAAAUGAGAAGCUUCAGGAAUAUUUUAACAAGCACAUUUUUUCUCUGGAGCAACUUGAAUACAACAGAGAGGGGCUGGUCUGGGUCGAUAUCAACUGGAUGGACAACGGAGAGUGUCUGGAUUUGAUUGAGAAGAAACUGGGCCUCCUGGCACUGAUGAAUGAGGAGAGCCAUUUUCCCAAAGCCACAGACGACACCCUACUGGAGAAACUCCACAGCCAGCACUCGGACUCUUUGCACUCUCUGAUGGCCACCCUCAGCACAUCCAACCCAUACUUCAUACGAUGCAUCAAACCAAAUACACAAAAGAUGCCUGAGCAAUUUGACCAGACGGUGGUUCUGAACCAGCUCAGGUACUCCGGCAUGCUGGAAACGGUCAAGAUCAGACGCAGCGGUUUCCCGGUCCGCAGAUCGUUUCAGGACUUCUGCUCCAGGUACAAGGUGCUGAUGAGGGGCAUUCUGCUGCCAGAUGACCACAGGGGGCGCUGCAAGCAGCUGCUGCAUCUCUAUGACAGCAGCAGCUCAGAUUGGCAGCUCGGAAAGACCAAAGUCUUUCUUAGAGAGUCCCUGGAGCAUCGGCUGGAGAAGCAGAGGGAGGUGGAGGUGCUGAAAGCAGCCAUGAUCAUCCAGGCCCACAUCAUGGGCUACAUGGCAAGGAAGCAGUACAGGAAGCUGCUGCAGUGCAUCGUGGUCAUUCAGAAGAACUACAGGGCUUUCUACUACAGGAGGAAGUUCCUCCUCCUGCGCUGGGCCGCACUCACCUUUCAGAAGCGUUUGCGGGGCCAGCUGGCCCGCCGGGCCUUCAGCCGGCUGCUGGAGGAGAGGAGGGAGAGGGAGGAGUGCCGCAGAAAGGUGGAGGAGGAGAUGGAGAGGGAGAGACUGAGACUGGAGGCUGAGAGACUCUUCAAAGAGGCUGAAGAAGCUCGUCUACUUCAGGAGCUACAUCGCGCCCAGGAGCUGCAUCGCGCCCAGGAGCAGCAUCGCAUCGAGGAGCUGCAUCGCGCUGAGGAGCAGCAUCGUGCCGAGCAGAUCGCCUCUCUUGGUUUUGCUCAGUCUCAGCUGGAAGAAGCUGCUGCAGCAUCCCCUGAAACACCGGCAGAGCUGGAAUCAGUGGAUGUCUUUGAGGAGGCAACAGAAGAAGAGGCCAUCCGUCCCCAGGAGGCGUCUCAGGUUGAAGAGAUCCUCCGGUUGGAGAGAGAGAUCCAGGCGCUGCAGAGGCAGAAGGAGCGUCAGGAGCUCUCCCUGACCGAAGCGUCCCUCCACCGCCUGCAGCGUCUUCGGGAUCAGGAGCUACGGCGGCUGGAGGAUGAGGCCUGCAAGGCGGCACAGCAAUUCCUCGACUCGCUGAACUUCGAUGAGAUUGACGAGUGUGUGAGGAACAUUGAGAGCUCCUUAGGUGUGGAAGAGGGAGAGGAAGAGGAGAAGGAGAAUGGAGGUAGGAGACGCAGCGAUGAGGAGGAGGUGGAUGAAGGGUUUGGAGCCGAUGAUGAGGCUUUCAAAGACUCGCCUAAUCCGAGUGAGCAUGGCCAUUCAGACGGUCAACGGACAAGCGGAAUCAGAACGAGCGACGACUCCUCCGAAGAAGACCCGUACGCCAACGAUGUGGUGAUCCCACCGAUGCCCCUCACCACCCUGCUUCACCAGCCGCUGCCUCCUUUACCUUCAGCCUCCCACAGCGUCUCAUCCAGCGGCGACUCCGCCUUCUGCCACCCGCAGGCUUCGUCUGAGGCGCCGUCCGACGACCUGGUGGAGCUGAUUCCGCCGGAUGAGGACUCUGACUAUGACCAGGAUGACUAUGAUGAGGGUGCCAUUGUGUCCAGCGGCAGCAUGGCCUUCUCCAACUCACGCAGUGGACAGUGGUCUCCUGAUUACCGGGGCUCAGUGGGGACAUACAACAGCUCUGGAGUUUACCGCUUCAGCUCUGAAGGCGCUCAGUCAUCGUUUGAGGAUAGUGAAGACGACUUUGACAGGUUUGACACAGACGACGAGUUAUCGUAUCGACGGGACUCUGUCUACAGCUGCGUCACUCUGCCGUACUUCCACAGCUUCCUGCACAUCAAAGGGGGUCUGAUCAACACGUGGAAGCGGCGCUGGUGUGUUCUGAAGGACGAGACCUUCCUGUGGUUCCGAGCCAAGCAGGAGGCGCUGAAGCAGGGCUGGCUGCACAAGAAGGGAGGCGGCUCGUCCACGCUGUCCCGCCGCAACUGGAAGCGCCGUUGGUUCGUGCUGAGGCAGAGCAGGCUCAUGUACUUUGAGAACGACAGCGAGGAGAAGAUGAAGGGGGUGCUGGACAUGCAUAAUGCCAAAGAAAUAGUUGACAACACGGGUAAGGAAAAUGGUAUCGACAUUGUGAUGCCAGAGAGGACCUACCAUCUGAUCGCAGAGUCUGCUGAGGACGCAAGUCAAUGGUUCAGCGUGCUGAGUCAGGUCCAUGGCUCCACCGAACAGGAGAUCAGUGAGAUGCAUGAUGAGCAGGCCAAUCCCCAGAACGCUGUGGGAACGUUGGACGUGGGCAUGAUUGACUCGGUUUGUGCAUCAGAUAAUCCAGAAAGACCAAACUCUUUCGUCAUCAUCACUGCGGAGCGGGUGUUGCACUGUAACGCCGACACGCCUGAGGAGAUGCACCACUGGAUCACCCUCCUGCAGCGCUCUAAAGGAGACGCCCGGGUGGAUGGCCAGGAGUUCAUCAUUAGAGGCUGGUUGCACAAAGAGAUGAAGAACAGUACCAAAGCCUCAAUGAAGCUGAAGAAACGCUGGUUCCUGCUCACCCACAAUUCCCUGGACUACUACAAGAGCUCAGAGCGGAACGCCUUGAAGCUGGGAACCCUGGUGCUGAACAGCCUCUGUUCUGUGGUGCAGCCGGAUGAAAAGUUCUACAAAGAGACCGGAUACUGGAAUGUGACGGUCUAUGGACGAAAACAUUCGUACCGACUCUACUGCAAGCUGCUGAACGAAGCCACGCGUUGGGCCAGCUCCAUCCAGAAUGUCAUCGACACCAAAGCUCCCAUCGACACACCGACACAGCAGCUCAUCCAGGACAUUCGGGAGAACUGUCUGAACUCAGAGGUGGUGGAGCAGAUCUACAAGAGGAACCCCAUCCUGCGCUACAGCCACCACCCGCUGCAUUCCCCGCUGCUGCCGCUGCCCUACGGAGACAUCCAGCACAGCGUGUCACGCAGUAGAAGCUACACAACCCUGCAGGAUGAAGCCCUCAGAGUGUUCAGCUCUCUUCAGCACCUUGACGGAGUGGCUGACCCCGUCCCCAUCAUCCAGGGGAUCCUGCAGACAGGUCAGGAGCUCAAACCGCUGCGUGACGAGCUCUACUGCCAGCUGAUCAAGCAGACCACCAGGCCGCCGCAGCCUGGGAGCCCUGGGAACCUCUGCAGCUGGAAGAUCCUUGCCUGCAUGUCCUGCACCUUCGUCCCCUCACGGAGCAUCCUUAGAUACCUAAAGUUCCACCUGAAGAGGACCCGUGAGCUCUUCCCCGCCUCUGAGAUGGACCGUUACGCCGCCUUCGCAUUUGACUCUUUGAAAAAGACUCGAUCUAGGGAGAAUGUGCCGUCGCAGGAGGAGAUCCGCUCCAUCGUGGCCCGGCAGGAGAUGAGCACCACGGUUCACUGCCACGGGGGAGGUUCCUGCAAGAUCACCAUCAACUCUCACACCACAGCCGGAGAGGUGGUGGAGAAGCUGAUCCGCGGCCUGGCCAUGGAGGACAGCCGGAACAUGUUUGCUCUGUUCGAACACAACGACACCACAGAGAAGGCCGUCGAGAGUCGGACUGUGGUAGCAGAUGUGCUCGCCAAGUUUGAAAAACUUUCAGCGAGCGCAGAGGAAAACAACACCGGCUGGAAGCUGUACUUCAAGCUGUACUGCUUCCUGGACACCGAUGGCGUUCCUAAGGACAGCGUGGAGUUCGCCUUCAUGUUUGAACAGGCUCAUGAGGCAGUCAUUCAGGGUCACUACCCUGCCCCAGAGGAGACUCUUCAGUUUCUGGCCGCCCUAAGGCUGCAGUACCUCCUUGGUGACCAAAACCCCCAGGCGAACAUGCCAGAGAUGUCCCAAGUUUUCCCCAUGGCCCGCCUGCGCGCCCGCGUGCAGAACUCCGCCAAGUCGUUCGCUCCAGGUUCUGGUUCAGUGGCAGAACGCUCCGGAACGGCAGAAAGAAAACGCUCCAGCUUCCUGGAGGGGACGCUGAGGCGGAGCUUCAGGAGCGGCUCUCUGAGCCGGCAGAAGCUGGAGGAAGAGAACAGCCUGGAGGCCUGGAUGAGGGAGGAGGCAGCGGCGGUGAGGACCAGCGUCAUAGACAAGUGGAGGAAGUUCCAGGGCAUGAACCAGGAGCAGGCCAUGGUGAAAUACAUGGCACUAGUGAAGGAGUGGCAGGGAUAUGGCUCAACGCUCUUCAACGUCGAGUGCCGUGAUGGAGCGUUCCCCACGGAGCUGUGGCUCGGUGUGAGCAGAGAGUCCAUCUCUGUGUACAAACGAGGGGAGCCAUGGCCUCUGGAGGUUUUCCCCUACGAGCUGAUUCUGUCCUUUGGAGCGCCGCUGCCCAACAUCUACAAGAUCGCCGUGGAGGGCCGAGAGCUGGUCUUCGAAACCCAGAUGGUGAUGGACAUCGCUAAGCUCAUGAAGGCGUACAUCAGCAUGAUCGUGAAAAAGCGCUACAGCAACAGUCAGUCCGUCAGCAGCCACGGAAGCAAAUGCAGUGCUUGGUGAAGUCGGCUGAAGGAUGGAGACCCAGAAGGAUUGACGCCACUCGUAAGGAGAAACACCACGGUGCUACUACACUGUCCUCACAUGGAGGAACUGUUCGCUAACAUCACCUUUAAGUGUUUGGUGAAACGUUUCUGAUGUUAACUGUUCUUUGGAUGCAAAGACAAGGAAAGUAGAUGAGGCUGCACCUCAAUCCGAAAUCAGUGACAUUUCUUCACUAUGUCCACAUUCUGCUGGGGGGAUACCUGAGCUCAGACCAAAGUAUCUGCAGGUCGGAGCUAAUGAGAACAUCUGGACCUUCAGGUAUGAUGCUCAUAAUCAGUCAUCAGAGCAAACCACAAACUAAGGCUAGGUUAAAACCCCUCAGAUAAAGAUUAGAUUUUCUCUAUGGGCUACUUAUGAUGAUGCUUUAUAUGAAGUGGAAUGUGGUCCAUUUAAAACCUUAAAAAUUAAGACAUUUAUCUGAAUAUUAAUAGAUUUGGGCUCCAAAAUGUUCCUGUUUUCCAUACCAAAGAAAACCGGUUCUCAUUGAGUCAGCAUUGACUUUUAGCCACUUUUUAAAAAACAUGUACAAAGUUGACUUUAUGGCCAUAUCUUGUGGG